UCGCCGUUUCCCGUUCCCGUCCACGUACCCGUAUCUCGUAUCAGUACCCGUUUCGGUGCAGCAUAGCCUAACAUGACUCAGAUGUUGGAUCCAUUGACGGCUCUCAUGUAUGCUGUGCAAGUUAUGAACUUUCUGAAAACACUUAUUGUGAAGACGCUUAAAGACCGGAAAGAAUCUCGAGAUAGGUUGUUUCCAGCCUCAAAUCCAAGUCCGCGAGACCAUAAUGGUGAUCAGUGCAGCAGUAGACAACUGUUGCAUCUUAUGAAAGCUAACAAGGAUGAAGCUUUAGACAACUCUGAGGCCGAGAUGAAAGACAAAAAAGUGUCUGCAGAUGAUGAUGAAUUGUGGGACGAAGAAGACUACAACGACCAUAUAUCUAAAGCGAGGACGCGUGAAUUACAGAGUUGAGCUAUUCGGAGCUUGGCGAUGAAGAAAGGUGAAUAGUUGAUGUUUUUGAUCCAACUUUUGGAUCUUCUUGUUUUGGGUUUUGUGGGAUGGAUGGAUGGAUGGAUGGAUGGAUGCUUUUAAAUUUUGAUGAUGGUUGCUUGUGUUCCAAGAAAAUGUUUCUGCAUAUAAUGUCAAAAAGAUAAGUUUCUGCCUCUCUUCCUAAGGUUUUAUCUUUAAGAAUCUGCAGCAUUUGCAGGA